AUGGCCUACGCUGCCAGAUUACCGCCACAACCGCAGCGCUUUGCCCCUCAGCCUGCUGUCUACCCAGCGGCGCCUGCGCCAGCACCAGCGGUCGGCCCUCCCGGCACACUGCCGCCUGGGACGGUGGUGGAUGUUGGGGAGUACAGGGUGACCGUGGAUAAGUUCUUGAGCGAAGGAGGAUUCGCCCACGUCUACCUUGCUACGUCCUCCGUUCCUCUCCCGAAAGGCUCGCCUGCCGCAACGACCAAGCAUGUCCUCAAGCGCAUGGUUGUGCCGGACAAGCGUGGGGUAACGGAAGUUGGAAAGGAGGUCGAAGUCAUGCGUCAAUUAAAGAACCAUCCCAAGAUCGUCAACAUGAUUGAGGCCUCCGUCGCGGACUUGCCAGGCGGUGUCGACGGAAGCAAGGGGUACGAAAUCUACAUCCUCAUGGAAUGGUGCGGUGGAAUCAUCGACAUGAUGAACACGCGGCUGCAGAACCGACUGACGGAGGGCGAGAUUCUCAAGAUUUUCAGCGACGUCGUCGAGGCCGUCGCCCACAUGCACUACCAGUCCCCGCCUCUCAUCCAUCGCGACCUCAAAGUCGAAAACAUCCUCCUCACGCCUCCGCAAACCUACAAACUCUGCGACUUUGGCUCGACGUGCAAGCCUCUUCCGCGCGACAAGGUCCCGACGAGCGUCGAGGGGAUACAGAAGAUUGAGCUCGAGAUCAACAAGACGACGACGCUGCAAUACCGCGCCCCGGAGCUGGUCGACGUGUGGGGCAGGAAGGGUUUUGACGAGAAGAUCGACAUCUGGGCUCUUGGCGUCUUGCUGUACAAGCUCUGCUUCUACACUACUCCGUUCGAAGAGCAUGGCCCUCUCGCUAUCCUCAACGCGCAGUACAAGUUCCCGCCGUACCCCGCCUAUUCCUCCCAGAUCCGCGCCUUGAUCGCCUCGAUGUUGCAAGAACGGGCGUCGCAGCGUCCGAACAUCUACCAGGUCCACGAGAUGGUCUGCCGGCUACGAGGCGUGUCUGUCAGGCUCGAGAACAAAUACGCAUCAUCGGCCUCCACCAGCUCUCCUGCUUCGUCUCACCCUGUCGCAUCCCGCUCCUCUGUACUGUCACCGUCAGGCUCCCUUGCCGGCCCGCCUUCGCUCCCUUCUUCCCCCGCACCACCCACGUCCUCCAUCCUCACCGACGCUCCUGGCGCCGCUCCUUCAGCUUCGGUUCCAGGCCUCGGCGGUAUGGCAAACCAAAUCGCGCCGAUGCGGCGAGGCCGCCCGACGAAGGGUACGGCACCUGUCGGAGGCGGCGCCGCCCUCACGCCCGAGCGGCAGGUCCGGACAGGGAUGGCGACUGUCGGAGGAGUCGAAGGCGAGCGAUUUGAGUCGUUUGCGGCGUCGAGGAAGAAGGAGUGGGAGGCCUUCGCGUCAAGCAGCGGUGGACCUCCGAGCGCGCCGAAGGAGGCGAACGGCGUCAAGUCGCCGCCUGGACCCGGUAAGGGCUUCGACGACGCCUUCGCUCCAUCUUCGGCACUUCAGCCGUUCGCCACGGCCGAUGCAACGCUCGAGACCACCGUCGAGCUGCCGAGCAACGCCUCGAUGUUCGCCGAGCUCUCGCCGCCGGCCGACCUCGGCAGGACUGCCGUCAUCUCGCCUAAGCCCAUGGACAUUGACACUCCGGCAGCUGAUGAUGACGAGCGAAGACGGUUUGAGGCGACGUUCCCCGACAUCAACGCCGACUUCGCAUCUCUGGUCUCGCCUCCUCCGCCAGCGUCGCAGCCCGCCAAGCCUUCCCCCAAUAGCAUGGAGGAAACCGCGCCUCCGACUUCGAAGAUGCCCUCACAGCUCACCGGCGACGCGAGUGCUGCACCUGGACCUCCGCUCCCUCGCCGGCCGCCCGCAGCUUCUGCUUCACCAUCGUCUCUCCCGCCUCCGCUGCCCUCGCCAGGAGCGAAGUCUCCGCCCGCACCGGCGCCGAAACCAGCGCUCGUCUCGCGCGGUAGUCAGACCAGCCCAAGCUUGAUGGCGGACUGGAAGCCACCUACCGAACGUCCGGCUCAACCGAACGGCCAGUCGUCCCUGCGGCAAUCCUCGAUUCCCGACCUCGACCUCACUUCGCCACCAGCGUCCGCCACCGCGAAUAAGCCGACUCUUGACUUGCUCGGCGACGAUGAUGAUUCGAACAUGGACGCUUUGGCACCUCGCUCGCUCAGCAAGUCGCCCCUGCCCAGCGCGACUUCGCCUAUCCCUCCACCGGCUUCUUCUGCUGCAGGCAGUGUUGCCAGCAAGCGGAUGUCGUUCCUCGGCGGUCAGCCAGGGUCGCCGACGUUCCCGUCGACGGGCUCCGUCGGCGAGCGCGAGAAAUUCCGCCCGACGAAGCGCAUGAGCCUAGCAUCCGGCGGCGCAUCGCCGCUCGCCGCUCCGGUACCUUCGCCGAAGUCAACUUCAGCCGAAGCUGUUCAGGCUGAGCCUUCCGCACCAGUCGAUGAGGGCGUCAAGGCAGUCGAGGAGCGCUUUCCGGCGUUAACUCUUGACGAGCCGCAGGAGGUGACCAAGCCAGCGAAGGCGGAGGAAACGUGGGAGAGGGUGGUCGAGAAGGAGGAGGCGGACGAUUCCAGCGAUGAGGAGACGGCCGCACCGACGCCUCGUCAGGACAGCAAGCCCAAGGCGCCGGCUUUCGACGAUGACGACUUUGCGCCGCGAACUGUGCCCACAGCGUCAGGACGUCCGAAGUUCGGCUCGGUAAAGCCAGCAACGUUGGCAGCCGCCUCAAGUUCCUCGACCUUCGCCGCUUCUCCUCCUUCUCUCUCUGUCUCCGACCCUACAGCCGAUGCGCCGGCCGCACGGCAAGAUUCUCAGGCGUCGUUCGCAUCGAGCACGAGCGAGGGCGGAGGAGGCAUCGACCUUGGUCCCGCCCUUGCGUCCAUCCAUAAGUUUGCGCCUAAGAGCAACGGUGCGCCCUCCCUGAUGGACGAAAAGGACGAUGAGUCGGCCAAGUCUCCCUCUCUCCCUCCCCUCCCGUCGUCGACUUCCACUUCUUCGCUCCCGCGCUUCGAUGCGCCUUCGUCGCCUUCUCUGCCAACGUCGCCUUCCCUCUCGUCCAUCUCGAAGCCGAUCUCGCCGCCUAUCGUCGCGCCAAAACCAGUGUCAAGCAAUCGCAAGGCGGCUAUCAACUCGCUCGUUUCGCGCUACGAAGGUCUCGGUGGCCCUUUGACCGGCGGACCUCCGCCAGUUGGGGUCAAGCCCGUCGGUCUACGCAAGGACUCGACCGGCUCGAGCACCGGCAGCGGGGCGUCGCACGUCACGCACUACCGCGACCAGGUCAAGCCUCAGCGUCUCCCUCAGUGGGGCGCGCCGGCAUCGUCGGCGAGCGCCUCGAUGAAGUCGCCUGUCUCGGUCGCCGAGGAGAAGGAGGACGACGAAGCGCCGGCGCCGCCACCCAAGCCUGCGACGCCUACUUUCGCCCCAACAAUGAGCGGUACUCGCGUGCCGUUCAAGCCUGUUCUGCCGCCUGGCUCGCCAAGCAGUCAGCGUUCCGCUUUCUCGCCUGGCCACGCCUCCCGCCCGUCGUUCGGUGGUGGCGCACCUCGCUCGCUUCCAUCGUCGGUGCAGAACUCGCCCAGCACAGCGCAGCGAGCGAGCGAAGAGCAGGAGGAGCGGUUUGCGGGCGUGUCGAACAUGAAGAGUCGGUGGGAGAGUAUGGCCAAGGCGAAGGAUGCGGAUGGGCCAAAGCCGGGUGUAGGCAGGAGGAAGGAGCACGCAGCGAUCUGA